CAUACAUGUAUUUGCUUUGGAUGCAAGUCUAAGCAAGCUUCAGUCUCUUUCUCCAUCCUACUCAACCUUAAUGCUAGCCUUCUUCAGAUCACAGACUGUACACACUGCAUACGCAGUAGAUUGAUCGAUCAGUCCUUAAUCUCUUCGUCCUGCCCUGAUUAAUUUCUAGUGGUACUCUAUCAAUAUAUCUACAGAGUGAGGAUGAAAGUAAGCCCGGUUCUGACGGCGUUAUCUGCGGCAGCGUUCGGGUUCUUCAUUGGCAUUUCUUUUCCUGUAGUGAUCACACCACAGCUUCAGUGUGGCAUACUGUCUAGUGGUGCUGCAAACUCCAGUUCCAGUGACAGCAUACUGGGCAGACUAUGGGCACCAUUCAGAAACAACACCACUCUGACCUCAAAUGCCACUUCAGAUCAGAUUCUAAAGGCGGUGGCGGUGAAUCCAAAGGGUGCAGAGAGGCUACCACCUGGCAUUGUGGUUUCAGAAUCUGAUCUUCACCUGCGCCGGCUCUGGGGAUCCCCAAGUGAGGACGUGCCGCCUCGCAAGUACCUCCUGAUACUGUCAGUAGGGUUCACCGAGAAAGCCAAUGUCAAUGCGACUGUUCACAAGUUCUCCGACAACUUCGACGUCUUGCUGUUCCACUAUGACGGUCACACAACGGAGUGGGGCGAGUUUCCAUGGUCGGAGGAUGCUGUCCACGUCAGUGCCAGGAAGCAGACCAAAUGGUGGUUCGCAAAGAGGUUCCUGCACCCGAGCAUCGUGGCGCCAUACGAGUACUUGUUCCUGUGGGACGAGGACCUCGGCGUCGACAACUUCACCGCCGAAGCGUACUUGGAAAUGGUGAGGAAGCACGGGCUGGAGAUCUCGCAGCCGGGGCUCGACGCCACCAGGGGGAAGAAGAAUUACGACGUCACCGUCAAGCAAGACUCUGGCGAGAUACACAAGACGAACGCAGGCGGGGCGAACUGCCCGGACGUGCACAAGCGGCCCUGCAGCGGGUUCGUGGAGGUGAUGGCGCCGGUCUUCUCCAGGGAUGCUUGGAGAUGCGUCUGGCAUAUGAUCCAGAAUGACCUUGUUCAUGGAUGGGGGCUCGACUUCAACUUCUGGAGAUGCGUCGAUUAUCCUGAAGAGCAGAUUGGUGUUGUGGACGCUCAAUUCGUAGUCCAUCAUGGAGUUCCCACGCUCAUUGACCAGGGCAAUGGAGAAAAGGAUGCAAGCAGUGAUAAGGUGAAAGCCCGGCAAUGGGACGAGAUGCACACAUUUGAUGUCAGGAUCGCCAACGCUGACAAAGACCUCACCAACUCCACCACAAUGCCUGCAGAUCAUCAACAUCAACAACCUUAAAAUCAUAUUACUGAUACACAUGUAGAAUGAUUAACUAAAGAAUGAAAUGUGCUAGCUGACCUGUCUGAUGUUUUGGCAAGCCAAAUUGAUUCAUCGAAAUGUCUUGCAAAAAGGAAUCAAUGGGGUGCUUAUUAGUUAUUGUAUUCAUUCUUUAUGUAAAGAUCGAAUUCACUCACAACAACAUGAGCUUGUAUUGGGUUUACUGGUUGACUA